AUGUUGGGUCAAAAGUCCAUCAAGGUCAAUGGCGCCGACUGCGGUGUCGAAGCCAUCCUCUUGGGUGUGAUUACGUCCAUUGGAGGCUUUCUCUUCGGUUACGAUACAGGUCAAAUUAGUUCUAUGCUCCUGUUCUCAGACUUCAAGGAGCGAUUUGCCCAAGGCCCUGCGGGUGAUAAAGAAUGGAACCCUUACAUCCAGUCUAUUCUUGUUAGUCUCAUGAGUAUCGGAAGUUUGCUUGGUGCUCUCUCUGGUGCUUAUACCGCUGAUUGGUGGGGUCGACGAAAGAGUAUGACAUUCGGAGUCGCCAUUUUCAUUAUCGGUAAUAUCAUUCAGAUUUCGGCGAUGGAGUCGUGGGUUCAUAUGAUGAUGGGUCGAUUCGUCGCUGGUCUCGGUGUCGGUAACCUUUCCGUCGGUGUUCCCAUGUUCCAGUCCGAAUGCGCCCCUCGAGAGAUCCGUGGUGCCGUUGUCGCCUCGUACCAGCUCAUGAUCACCAUCGGUAUCCUUAUUUCCAACAUAGCAUGUCUUGGUUUCAAAAAGAUGGAUACCAGCAGCGCCUCGUGGAGAAUCGUCAUCGGCCUCGGUAUCCUUUUCUCUCUUCCUCUUGGCAUCGGUAUCCUCAUCGUCCCCGAGUCUCCUAGAUGGCUUGCUUCUCGAGGCGACUGGGAGGGCGCCCAAAUAGCAUUGGGCCGACUCCGUGGCAUGAAGCACAACCUCGACCACCCCCUCGUCCAGGACGACCUGAAGGAAAUGAAGGAAAUUCUCGAGAAGGAGCAACGAGUUGGCCAGGGUAGCUGGGCCGAGUGCUUCAACCCCAAGAGCGGAAUUCCCAAGCUCGUCUGGCGAACAUUCCUCGGUUUCUUCAUCCACUUCCUCCAGCAGUGGACCGGUGUCAACUACUUCUUCUACUAUGGUGCUACCAUCUUCGAGUCCGCCGGUAUCGAGGACCCUAUCCAGACCCAGCUUAUCCUGGGUGCUGUCAACGUCGCCACUACCUUUAUGGGUCUCUGGUUUGUCGAGAAAUUCGGUCGCCGCUGGCCUCUAUUCAUUGGUGCUCUCUGGCAAGCUGGUUGGCUCGCUGUCUUUGCCGCCAUUGGUACCGCUAUGAACCCCUCAGAGAGCAAGGCAGUUGGUAUCGUCCUCAUUGUCUGCGCCUGCAUGUUCAUCGCUUCUUUCGCCAGUACUUGGGGUCCCAUGGCUUGGGUCGUUAUCGGCGAAAGUUUCCCUCUCCGUACUCGCGCGAAGCAAGCUUCUAUUGCCACAGCCGGCAACUGGCUUGGAAACUUCAUGAUUGCUUUCCUUACUCCUAUUGCCACCGCCGGUAUCGGUUACGGUUACGGUUUCGUCUUUGUCGGAACCAACUUGGCUGCCGCUGCCCUUGUUUGGUUCUUCCUUUUCGAAUCUCGCGCCCUCAGUCUGGAGAACGUCGACCUCAUGUACGGCCAGGAGGGUCUCAAGCCUUGGAACAGUCACAAGUGGGUUCCUCCUGGAUACAUCACCCGCGAGCAGCGAGACGAAGCCCACUUCCAACGUGGCAACGAGAAGCCCAGGAACAGCGAGUCUCACUCUGGAGAAGACUCAAGAGUCGAGUCGGUUAUGGCUUAA